AUGAACAUGAACCCAGCAAAUAUUGUUGCACUGCCGCAAGUGAUCGGCGUCCCUUCUGUUGACCCGCUAUUCAUGAAUGCCGAAGAGGCGAAACUUCUUGCCAGUUUUUACGUGAAUCUUGAACGCUACUGCGACAACUCGGUUUUUAAUGGGAAUGAGAUUUGUUUGCAAGAAGAAGAAUUUCUCAUCAACCAGAUGUUGGACGCCUCUGUCGAGGACCUGUUGAUGAAACGCCGACCGCAAUGCCCACGAUUUCCCAUAAUCUGGAAACCGCAUCAGAUGAGUCUCUGCGUUUCCGACAAGGUGCAACUGUUCAUCGCGCGACUCACCCAGGUGCUGCUAUUGAACAUGUGCUAUCGUACCUACAAGGAAGGCUGUGGCGGUCUUCUGCUCGGCACUGGCUCCGUAUUCCCAUUUGACAAGGCCCUACGCAGCCAGAUUGAGGAUGAUCAAAUCCGGAACAUGCUAUCUCAGGUUGUGGAUUCCGUAUUUGCUGACGUCAUAUUCCCGAUGAAAGACCUCGAUAUUAAUGAGGACGAAUAUUGUAUGCUCAAGGCGACACUUUUCCUAUUUGAAGGCUUUCCCUUCAAUCAGUUGACCGAUCAUGGGAAAGAAGUGCUGGCUGCCCUCGUCGCGCUAAUUCUUCAAAAGAAGGAAGCUAACCCGGCCAUUGAUCACCUGUUUAAGCUAAUCCAGGUCGAGCAUCUCACCACCACAAUUGAGGCCGUCUCCAACUAUAUCGACAAAGAAUUUGGGUUGAUGAACCUGUUUUCUUUAUCGGGGAUGCGCGGCAACCUUGUCCACGAGUGCCAUGUCAUGAAAUAUGCAUUUUGU